AUGUAUAGAAGAAGAAAGGUCAACGUUGAAGAGAAGCCUCCUAUUCCCGAUCAUCUCGAGGAUUUUGGCUACGUUUUGAAAGAGAAUGGCGAAGUUCGCAGCAUUACCCAAGACUUGCCUUAUGAGUUUGAUUAUUUGCCCAAGGAUAGAUCUUACAAUGAAGAGCGUUACGACAAAUUCAUCAAUAUUAUUGGAGAUAUUGUCGAAGAUCGACUUCAAAAGGCUCCUUACAACUUUCGAAAGGUAAUUGUGCCUAUUGGAGCUGACCCUGCCAAAGACAUCCAUUCCUACAUCUACAUGACUCCCAAUGCUCUGACUACAACUGAUAAAUUAAUGAUCAUGAUCCCAGGCAACAAUACUAGAAUUGGGCAAUGGAGUAAGCGUGUUAUGUGUGACAUCAAUGUUCAAUCUGGAUCCAUGAUGCAAACCAGUGAAAUGGUGCUCGAAAAAGGCUACGAAAUCAUCAUAUUGAACUCGAAUGCCAAUUUCUGGUAUAACGGACGUGCUAAUCUUACAGCUCAAACACACACAGGCGUUGCGAUUACUGUCCCUGGCAGCGAGACACCUGAGGAGCAUUGCCAGUAUGUUUUCCACAACUUUAUCAGAAAUGCAAAAGCAGACAAGGUAGCAGUUUUGGCUAAUUCAUGGGGCGGCUACAGUUUUGCGCUUACAUUGAAUACUGAGUUCGAUUAUAUCAAGGAGCAUAUCAAGGCAGUCGCAAUGACAGAUUCUGUACAUAUCCGCGACAUGAUCAAAGGUGACAAGCAGCGUACUUUUAUGUUUGAGAACUGCUAUAAUUGGUCUGCUUCUACAGAUAAAAAGGGCUCGCUCGUGCCUGAUGUACGCUUGGGCUGUCCCAACAUCUCUUCUGGCGAGGAAAUUGCAGACUACACAUUGCCUACCAUGCUCAAGUACAUUAUGAACUUUAUCUUUGUCAAGAUGGGUGAUAUUGAAUGGGGCUCUGAUGAUGAGAACGACGACAUGGAUGGAGGCGUGGAGGUGCUGACAGAAGAGGACAUGGCGGAAUUGUCUCGUAUCGAGAUCUUGAGCUCCAAUGUAUAA